CUUCAGCGCCCCUGGUCUCCUCCUUCCCACGAGCUCUCGCGAGAGUUCUCUCCUCAGAGUGGACGACGGGGAGGGGAUUCCUCUGGGGCGGUUGAGGCACAGGACGCGGCGGCCGCCACCACCGCCAUGUUUCCGAAGCUCCUCAAGGCGCAGCGCCUGGCGCGGAGAGCGGUCUCCUUGCUUCACCGGUUUCAGAGUACCCUAGUAAUAGCAGAACACACAAAUGAGGCUGUUUCACCUAUUACAUUAAAUGCCAUCACUGCGGCAAAGCGUCUUGGAGGGGACGUUUCAUGUUUAGUAGCUGGCACCAAUUGUGAAAAGGUGGCUCAAGAGCUGAGCAAAGUGCAAGGGGUUGUCAAAGUUCUUGUUUCGCAGCAUGAUGCAUACAAAGGAUUUCUACCCGAGGAGCUGACUCCAUUGAUUCUGGCAGCCCAGAAGCAGUUUAAUUACACCCACAUCUGUGCCGGGGCAUCUGCUUUUGGGAAGAAUCUUCUUCCUAGAGUGGCAGCUAAGCUUGAUGUUGCUCCUGUCUCAGACAUAAUUGAAAUAAAGUCUCCUGACACUUUUGUGAGGACAAUUUAUGCAGGAAAUGCCCUGUGCACUGUGAAGUGUGAUGAAAAAAUAAAGGUGUUCUCUGUACGAGGUACUUCCUUUGAGGCUGCAUCAAUAAGUGGUGGUAGUGCUACGGUAGAGAAAGUACCUGCAGCUUCACCAGCUGGUCAGUCUGAAUGGAUCGAACAAAAGUUAACAAAAAGUGAUCGGCCAGAACUGACUAGUGCGAAGGUGGUUGUUUCAGGUGGACGGGGCUUGAAGAGUGGAGAAAACUUUAAACUGCUGUAUGAGCUUGCGGAUAAGUUGCAUGCUGCAGUUGGUGCUUCUCGUGCAGCUGUUGAUGCAGGCUUUGUACCCAAUGACAUGCAGGUUGGACAGACAGGCAAAAUUGUAGCACCAGAACUUUAUAUUGCUGUUGGAAUAUCUGGAGCAAUUCAGCAUCUAGCUGGAAUGAAAGACAGCAAGACUAUAGUAGCUAUCAACAAAGAUCCAGAAGCACCAAUAUUCCAAGUUGCCGAUUAUGGUUUGGUAGCCGACUUGUUUAAGGUUGUUCCUGAAUUGACAGCGGCUUUGAAAAAGUGAAAACCAAGUAUUUGGGCAGAAAUGAAUGUGACCAGCUUUGAAAUGAUGAUUUUAAAUAAUUAUUUUUAAAUGAAACUAAAAAUGUAAUAACUGGUAAUCUGUUGCCAAAAUUGUAUGUUCUAGGUGAUCUCUGAAUGCCUUGUAAUAUACAUUUUUUUUUGCCUUUUUAGUUCCAAUUUGACUACAAGCUAUUUGAUGAAGACUUUCUAAUUCUGUAAUAAAAUAUGCAUCGGAUA